AUGAUUACGGAAGCACUAUUGGUUAGGGAGGUAGGAGCGCCGUUCCGCUACCAAGAAAUCAAUGUCGAUGACAAUAUUCGAGACGAUGAAGUUCUCGUGGAGAUGAAGGCUACAGGCGUUUGUCAUACGGACUUGAAUUUCUCCAAAGAGAAAACAAUUCCUGGAUUAUUCCCAGCUGUCUUCGGUCACGAAGGCGCCGGAAUCAUUGUCAACAUAGGUCCAAAAGUCAACAACACCGCUCGUGGAGAUCAUGUCAUCCUCACCUAUUCCUGCUGCGGUGAAUGCAAGUAUUGCCUCAAGAAAGAAACGUCAUAUUGCUACGACUUUGAAAGGGACAACUUUGGAUUUCGAAGGCAUGAUGGGUCGAAAUCUUUCUCAACGAAAGAUGGGACCGUAGCCUCGCACUUCUUUGGACAGAGCAGCUUCUCCAAGUAUGCUGUCGUAAAGGCAAGGAGUGUAGUCAAAGUUGGGAAAGACAUUUCUCUAGAUUCCCUUGCCCCGCUUGGAUGUGGGAUUAUGACUGGCGCUGGAGCUAUGCUCAACGUUGUUAAACCAAUCUCAGACUCCAUCGUCUGCAUUGUUGGAGUUGGUGCAGUCGGUUUAGCUGCGUUGAUGGCACUGAAACUGCUACCAUCACCACCCACAAAGAUCAUUGCGGUUGAUGUUGUUCCCGAACGCCUCGAACUAGCUAAGAAAUAUGGAGCUACAGAUUUUAUCAAUUCUCGACAAGUCGAUAAUCUCAAAACUGCGUUGAUGAGUGUCUCGGAUGAGAAGGGGAUUGAUGGAACUAUUGAUACGACUGGACGAGCGGAAGUUGUCAAAACCCUUCUGGAAGCGACGGCGAAGAGGGGGAUCGUUGUUCAAGUUGGAGUUGGAUUGACUGCGGAGGCACCAGUUUGUAUUUUUCAUCACGUGAAUGCUGGAAGACAAUAUGUGGGGUGUGCGAUGGGCAGUUGCUACCCUCAAGAAUUCAUUCCUAUGCUGGUGGAAGCAUGGCGUGGAGGAAAGUUCCCCUUCACGGAUCUGAUUGUGAAGUAUCCAGCUGAGGAUAUGAACACUGCUGUAAAGAAUGUGCUGAGCGGGAAGGUCAUCAAAGCUGUGCUGGUUUGGAGGUGAAGAACGAACCACUUGUGCUCUGAACUAUCAUUUCCACGACCGUCCAAUGAAAAGGAUUUUGAGUAGUG